AUCUUCUAAAUCUUGAACCCAAACUCCCUACUCUUACUUACUCACAAGCUUCUCUUCUCCCCCGCACGAAGAAUCCAUACAUAGCCUCUCAUUAGAGUCUGGAGAGCCCGAACUAAUGGGAAUUGAAAUCAAAGGGUUUUCCGUCGGGUGGAGCGUGGCGGCGAAGCGGUGCGAUUAUUGCAAAACAGCAGCUGCUGCUGCGUUUUGCGGAUCCCACUCAGCUUUCCUGUGUCUGAACUGCGACACCAAGAUUCACGGAGUGAACAAGCUGUCGUCGCGACACGAGCGCGUGUGGAUGUGCCAGGUGUGCGAGCAAGAGCCUGCGGCUGUCACGUGCAAGGCAGACGCGGCCGCUCUGUGCGUCACUUGCGACGCUGACAUACACUCCGCGAAUACACUCGCGCGACGCCAUGAGCGGGUCCCAGUGGAGCCGUUCUUCGACUCCGACGAGUCUAUUGUGAAGUCAUCCUCGCCGUUAAAUUUUCUAGUUCCCCACGAAACUUAUUUUAUUGGUGCCACGUGUCAGAAAGACGACCCUGAAGAGACUUCCUGGCUUCUGCCAAAUCAGAACCUGCCGUCAAAACUCGGCAGGGAAAAUCAUGACGUUAAGCCGUCAACGGACCUGUUCUUCUCGGGAAUGGAUCCGGAUCCUUUUUUGGAUUUCGAAUACCCGAAUUCCAUGGAUGCCAGGUUCCGCCAACAACAUCACAGUGCAGGUACCGAUAGCAUGGUACCAGUACAGACCAAAGAAGCUCCCAUUCCGGUAAUGAACAACGAGAAUUGUUUCGCCAUCGAUUUAUGUAGAUCGAAUGUCUCUCCGUUCAACUACACAACUCAUACACUCAGUCAAAGUGUUUCAUCGUCGUCACUGGACGUUGGAGUGGUUCCAGACGGCAAUUCCAUGUCCGAAAUAUCAUACAGUUUUAGCGGAAGCAUGACAAACGGGGUUGACCCCAGCAUAACAGUCUCGACGGCGACCCAAUUGUGCGGAAUCGAUCGGGAAGCGAGGGUUUUGAGGUACAGAGAGAAGAGGAAGAAGAGGAAGUUUGAGAAAACUAUUCGCUACGCUUCACGCAAAGCCUACGCUGAGAGCAGACCGAGAAUAAGAGGCCGGUUCGCCAAACGAAUCGAAGUCAAUAACGACCGCCUCUAUGGUUCUCAAGCCUCUGUACCGUUCAUGUCCGAUACUCAAUACGGCAUCGUUCCAUCCUUUUGAUGACGUGACGUGAGGCUCUGCAUUGUUGUGAUCCAUUCCUGUACUCUCAGAACUAUUACUAUUAUUUUGCAAGUAGAAUAAUCGUUUAUGUAUAUAUUAAUGGGUUUUCAGCCGUUGACUUUCAAAGUUCAUGUUGAUCUUAUAUGUCAAAAAGCCGCUGAUUACUCCA